AUGCACCCACGAAACCAUUGCACCCAUCCCGACCCGGCCCAGUGCGAGCGCCCAGGACUGCAAGAAGCGACCGGGAUCCCUGACCUGGCCCUGUCGGACCAGCGCUGCCACCAGGUCCUCCUGCUAGCCCUUCAACGCCUCGCGCCCGGCGCCAUGAGUAAUGCCAGUGUACAUAGGGUCUGGAGCAUAAGAGGAGCAAUUCAUCUAUUGUCACACGGUCUUACCCCCGGCCCUCCUCGGCCAGCACUGCAGGCGGCCCUCUCCCCGCAUACCACGUCGCCACAACCAUUGACAGAGGACGUUUCAAAAGGUGGUAUCACGCCGAAUUCUAUUGGCUCGGGAUACCCACUAAGUCGUCCACCGUUGGGCGAGCGGGAUUGGCUCUCGCGUAGUCGCAACGGUUUUGAUCUCGAGUGCCCUCUCAGUCCUCUCGCUACCAAGGUCCAGCCAGCGCGUCUUACCGACGAUCCCUCGCGGCUUUGGCGACAAGACGAGUGUUGGAGGGUAUUUCCGAUGUGCGCGCGGAUGAUCAACAUGGGAAUCUGA